AUGCCACCCCAACCAAUAGAACAUAAAUUCAAGAUUCUUAUGGCUGCAAUGUCGCAGUUCUCAAGUAACGACAAAGAACUUUUUCCAGUUCCCAACUACACCGUUCUCGCAGAACAACUCGGAUUGCCUAGCUAUGCAUCUGCGCAAGGAGUAUGGAAACGACUCACGGACGAACUCAAAGAGGGAGCGAAGGGAGAUCUCAAGAUUCGGGAUCCGGAAGCAGACAAAAAGAAGAAGUAUAGUCCUGCCCAGCAAUACGAAGAAAAGUCUCCGGUCAAAAAACGAGCAGCCGAGGAAUCGGACAACAUGGCAAACGAGCCUGAGUCCUCCCCUACCAAACGAUCGAAAGUCAAUGUCGGCAAACGCGCCGCCAGAAAAUGA